AUGGCCACUGACAAGAUCACCUUCCUGACCAACUGGCACGCGACCCCCUACCACGCCCCCCUGUACCUCGCCCAGGCCCGUGGCUACUUCAAGGAUGAAGGUCUCAAGGUUGCCCUCCUCGAGCCCAAUGACCCUUCUGAUGUGACCGAGAUUAUCGGAAGCGGCAAGGUUGACAUGGGUUUCAAGGCCAUGAUUCACACCCUGGCAGCCAAGGCUCGUAACUUCCCCGUUACCUCAAUUGGCUCUCUUCUUGACGAGCCCUUCACCGGUGUCGUCUACCUGAAGUCUAGCGGUAUCACCGAGGACUUCCGCAGCCUUAAGGGCAAGCGCAUCGGCUAUGUCGGCGAGUUUGGCAAGAUCCAGAUUGAUGAACUUACCAAGUACUAUGGCAUGACCGCCGACGACUACACUGCUGUCCGCUGCGGCAUGAAUGUGACCAAGGCCAUCAUCCGUGGUGAUAUUGACGCCGGUAUCGGCCUCGAGAACGUGCAGAUGGUCGAGCUGGCCGAGUGGCUCGCCGAGCAGGGUCGCCCCCGCGACGACGUUCAGAUGCUCCGCAUCGACCAGUUGGCCGAGCUGGGAUGCUGCUGCUUCUGCUCGAUCCUCUACAUCGCCAACGACUCUUUCCUGGCCGCCAACCAGGACAAGGUCCAGAAGUUCAUGAAUGCUGUUAAGCGUGCCACUGACGCCGUCAUUGCCGACCCCGCUGGCACCUAUGAGGAAUACAUUGACUUUAAGCCCAUCAUGGGAACCCCCGUGAACCGCAAGAUCUUUGAGCGCUCGUACGCUUACUUCAGUCGUGACUUGAAGAACGUCAAGCGUGACUGGGAGAAGGUCACCAACUACGGCAAGCGUCUUGGUAUCCUCGAUGCUAGUUUCGAGCCCAACUACGUCAACAGCUACCUCUCGUGGACUCUGGAUGAGGAUUCCACCGAUCCCACUGGUGACCAGAAGCGCAUGGCUGAGCUACAGAAAGAGAUCGCUGCCACCGGUGGCUUCAAGCGUCUUGCCGUCGGUGCAACUGCUUAG